AUGUUUAAGUUGAAUGAGCUAUUAACUAGCUUCUGGCUCUUACCAGCUAUCUAUGCCGCAGUUUUAGCACCCGAAAAGAUUCUAACAGAGCCGCAAAGCGUAUCACACUCCCAGUUUACGAUUCCAUUAUCCGCAGAAGAGGGCGCAACACUAAUUGCCAAUAUCGACGAUCCAAAAGCCAUUGACGCGCAAUCUGCAUGUCCUGGCUACAAAGCCUCGCAUAUCAAGCACGGUGACAAGGAGUUGACAGCGAAGUUGGCACUAGCGGGCAAGCCAUGUAAUGUGUAUGGAAAUGACGUCGACGCGCUAGACCUUUCCAUCCAAUAUCUAGGCACAGAUCUAUUGACCGUGAAAAUCACACCAGCUUAUAUCUCUCCAGAGAAUGCAUCCUGGUUUCUACUUCCUGAACAUGUGAUACCAACGACAAAAGCCGAUAAGAAGGGUUCGAGGGCUCAGCAUGAUCUCGAUAUCUCAUGGAGCAAUGUACCUUCAUUCCAGUUCAAGGUCAUUCGGAAAUCGAACCAAGACGUACUAUUCGAUACCCAUGGGUCUAAACUGAUCUUUGAGGAUCAAUUUAUUGAGUUUGUCACUUCUUUACCCAAAGAUUACAAUCUCUAUGGCAUCGGCGAGCACAUUCAACAGUCGCGAUUACUGAAUAACUUGACAAUCACGCUUUGGAACGCAGAUGUUCCUGAUCCGAUCGACCGCAAUAUCUACGGCUCUCAUCCAUUCUACCUGGAUACUCGAUACUUCGAAGUCCAAGGAAAUGGGCAACAAACCCUCGUCUCAAUUGAAGAGGCCGAUAAAUCCAAAGACUACGUCUCCUACUCACACGGGGUGUUUGUGAGAAAUGUGCAUGGACAGGAGAUCCUAACUCGUCCUAGGAGUCUCACCUGGCGCGCUCUCGGUGGCAGUGUAGACUUGACAUUUUACGCUGGUCCCUCUCAGGAAGAGGUGACAAAAAGCUAUCAAGCGAAUACCAUUGGUCUGCCUGCUAUGCAACAGUAUUUCACUUUUGGAUAUCAUCAGUGUCGUUGGGGGUACCAGAACUGGUCUGUCAUGCAGAGUGUGUUGUCCAACUUUGAGAAAUUCCAGAUUCCGCUGGAGAAUCUAUGGAAUGAUAUCGAUUAUAUGAAGGGGCUCCGUGAUUUUGAGAACGAUCCUGUUCGUUUCGGCUACAAGGAAGGAGAAGAGUUCUUGGAGAGAUUGCACAAUGGUGGCCGGCACUAUAUCCCCAUAGUUGACGCGGCUCUCUACAUUCCAAACCCUCAUGAUGAGUCUGAUGCGUAUGAACCGUACACCCGCGGAGCAAAGGAUGAUGUCUUCGUGAAGAAUCCCGAUAACAGCACCUAUAUCGGAUCUGCUUGGCCCGGGUACACUGUUUACUUGGACUGGCAUAACGAGAAGGCGCACGAGUUUUGGACUAACGAGCUCGUGACUUGGCACGAAAAGAUUCCCUUUGAUGGAAUCUGGAUCGACAUGAACGAGGUCUGUUCCUUCUGUGUUGGAAGCUGUGGAAGUGGUAAUCGCACUAUGAACCCUGUUCAUCCGCCAUUUGAAUUGCCAGGAGAAAAAGGAGCCGUGGUUUACGAUUAUCCCGAGGGGUUCGAGCUGACAAACGCAACUGAAGCCGCAUCUGCAGCCGCGGGAUCUUCGAGUCAAGCUGCUGCUAUUCUCACUGACUCGGGUACAGUAACCGUGGCUCGGACUUCAUAUAUCAACACGACUCCAACUCCAGGAGUACGAAAUAUCAACUACCCUCCCUACGUGAUAAAUAAUGUCCAAAAUGGUCACGACCUGGCUUCCAAGGCUGUAUCUCCUAAUGCGACUCAUAUUGACGGUAUUAAAGAGUACGACGUGCACAAUAUUUACGGUCACCAAGUUCUAAAUGCCACAUACCAGGGCAUACUCGGUGUGAAUCCCAAAAAGCGCCCAUUCAUCAUCGGACGAUCAACAUUCGCAGGAUCAGGACAAUGGGCCGGACACUGGGGUGGAGAUAACUGGUCCAGAUGGGGCUCGAUGUGGUUUUCCAUUCCACAAGCCCUAUCAUUUUCUCUUUUCGGGAUUCCAAUGUUCGGUGUCGAUACCUGCGGCUUCAACGGAAACACAGACGAGGAACUAUGUAAUCGAUGGAUGCAACUAUCCGCAUUCUUCCCUUUCUACCGAAACCACAAUGACCUCUCGACUAUCGGGCAAGAACCCUACCAUUGGGCCUCGGUGAUAGAAGCAUCCAAAACAGCAAUGAACAUCCGCUACGCCAUCCUCCCAUAUAUCUACACUUUAUUCUACUAUGCGCAUAGAACCGGAUCAACAGUAAUGCGUGCGCUUGCCUGGGAAUUCCCAGAUGACCCAUCUCUCGCCGGGAUUGAUACACAAUUUCUUCUUGGUCCCUCGAUAAUGGUGAUCCCCGUUCUCGAACCACGCGUGAACUACGUUCGCGGUGUAUUCCCAGGUAUAAAACAAGGAGAAAUAUGGUACGACUGGUACAACCAGACCCUCGUGAAUGCACAAGCAGGCGUGAACACUACCAUUUCCGCACCAUUAGGUCAUAUCCCCGUCUACUUGCGAGGCGGGAGUAUAAUACCGAUGCAAAAGCCCGCAUUAACAAUUCGCGAUACCCGAAAUUCAGACUGGAGUAUCCUAGUUGCCUUGGGCAAGAACGGAACUGCAUCAGGACAAUUGUACUUGGAUGACGGGGAGAAUAUUCUUCAGAAAGCAACGAAAUACGUCUCAUUCAAUGCGAGCCAAUCUGAUAUUGUCAUGGAUUCACUUGGGAAUUGGCACGAGACGAACAAAUUGGCGAAUAUCACGAUCCUCGGUGUAUACCCUCCUCGACGAGAUUUGUUAAGUGGGAAGACUCUGUCGGUGAAACUGGAAGGAGAGAAUCCGCCUGGUACAUUUGAUUACGAUCCUGACAAACAUAUUCUCUUUUUUACGGGGUUGCAAAAACUUACCGAGAAUGGGGCUUUCUCUGUACCCUUGAGGUUCAGGUGGAUAUGGCAAUGA